AUGCGCGCCGUUGCUCUGGCUGCUGCUGAGGGGGCGGGGCUACCCAUGAGUAAUGUUGUGAUCAUCUCCACGGAUCCUCUCCCUAGGCUCGAGUCUGCUGAUAAGAGUACUUCUUGGAAGUACGAGCGGGAGACACAGGCCCUCCUACCCUGGCGGCCCAUCACAGACCCAGACGAGCUACGCACCAAGACAAUCUGUCUCGUCUACUCAUCUGGGACUACGGGCGUACCUAAAGGAGUGCGUAUCUCGCAUGCCAACAUGGUGGCGGAAGUAUUCCUUCCUGCGACCAUCAAUCGUCCCAUAUGGGAUCAGUGGGCAGUUGCAGGCCGGCCUUUUGAGACGCGCACUAUUGCACAUCUUGGUACUGGCCACAUAUCGGGCGUCCAAGGCUACUUCGUGAAUGCUUUUUUCGAGGGUGGCAUUGUCUACUGGAUGCCACAGUUUGAUCUUGCUACCUUUUUAUCCAGCAUCUCUGCCUUGAGAAUCACCACGUUCUUCAGCCUUCCCCGUAUCUAUGCCGCGAUCACUCUCAACCCCGCUACUGAGGCUGCUGACCUCACAUCGCUCCGUAUAGCUUACUCGGGCGGCAUGCCUCUGGAUCCUCGUGUAUAUGGCAGUCCUAAGCUCCGCAGAGCCGGACAUGACUCUGUUUUGCUAAGCCAGACAUGGGGCUCCACUGAGACUACUGGUGCAGCCACGCAUAUGCCUCCUGACCGCUACGACGACACGGGUAGCGUUGGGAUUCUACUUCCAAAUGUUACCAUGCGACUUGUGGACAACAAUGGAAACGAUGUGGAACCGGGACAGCCAGGAGAGGCGUGGUUGCGAGGGCCCAUCAUCACACAGGGAUAUCACAGGUCUCCGAGCAAUUCUCGGCCAGUUUUUUCCGACGGGUGGUAUCGGACUGGUGAUUUCAUCGAAUGCCGCGGCGAUCAGUUGUAUGUCCUGGGCCGUUUGGAGGACAUGAUCAAGUACCGUGACUUCCUGGUGCCUCCUGCCGAACUCGAGGCAUUGUUAGUGCAAUACCCAGGUGUUGCCGACGUGGUCGUCAUUGGUACUUCUGUUGAGUACGAUGGCAUAUCUACACAGGUACCACGUGCCCUCGUUUCCCUUCAGCCGGGCAUUGAAGCAUCAGAUUCUUUGAUGGAGGAACUGGCCAUUUAUGUCAACUCCAAGGUUCCGGAUCACAAGAAAUUGCGAGGUGGUGUAAAAUUCAUCAGCAAGGUCCCUCGGCACGUGUCCGGCAAGCUGUUGCGAGACCAGGCACAGAAGCUUUGA